CUUCUUUCCAAAACGAGGACCAUUCAACAAAAGCUUUCAAAAGUUCCAGCUAAUCAUAAUCACAACUCCACCAUGCCCAAAAGUUGACCACCAAACCUAAAACAGUAAAAGUGUAAAACUAAAAGUCUAAAACCCCCAAUCUCUUCAUUCUUCAAUUCUUCCUCCUGUAUUGGGUUAUUGGGUUUAAUUUGUAUGUCUAUCUCCUCCUUUUUGUGAUCAGUGAUGAAGAGGGAACAAAGCUCAGAUCUACCCACUUUCAUAUUCCUCAUUUUCUCUCUCCUCACCACUUUUUCUCUUGCAGUUGAAGAUGAUGUGAAGUGUCUUGAAGGCAUAAAAAACACUUUGAAUGACCCACAAGGUAAACUCAAUUCAUGGAACUUCAGAAAUUCUUCAGCUUCAGUUGGUUUUGUGUGCAAUUUUGUGGGUGCUUCUUGCUGGAAUGACAGAGAAAAUAGAUUAAUUAGUCUUCAACUUAGAGAUUUUCAGCUUUCUGGGCACAUCCCAGAUUCUCUUGAAUUUUGUUCUAGCAUUCAAAGUCUUGAUCUUUCUGGUAAUUCCCUUACUGGUACUAUUCCUUCAAAGAUCUGUUCCUGGCUUCCUUUCUUGGUUACUUUAGAUUUGUCUAAUAAUCAGUUAUCUGGUCAAAUACCACCCGAUCUUGGUAAAUGUCAGUAUUUGAAUAGGUUAGACUUAUCUGAUAAUCAUUUAUCUGGGAGUAUUCCACUGCAAUUGUCAAAUUUGAACAGGCUCAAUGAGUUUUCUGUUGCUGGUAAUGAUUUAACUGGCCCAAUUCCUGCCUAUUUUGGAAAGUUUGAUAGGUCUUCUUUUGAAAGAGAUGAUGGCCUAUGUGGGAAACCAACUGGCUCAAAUUGUAAUGGGUUGAGUAAGAAGAAUUUGGCUAUUAUUAUAGCAGCUGGUGUUUUCGGGGCGGCUGCCUCGUUGCUGUUUGGGUUAGGGUUAUGGUGGUGGUUUUUUUCGAGGGCGAGCAGGAGAAGAAAGGAAGGGUAUGGACUUGGAAGAGCAGAUGAUGGUACUUGGAUUGAUAGGUUGAGGGCUCACAAACUUACUCAGGUUUCGUUGUUUCAGAAGCCGCUUGUCAAAGUUAAAUUGUCGGAUUUGUUGGCUGCUACCAACAAUUUUAGUGUAGAGAGUGUGAUGAUCUCAACUAGGAUGGGAACUACCUACAAGGCUAUGUUGCCUGAUGGAUCUACGUUGGCAAUCAAACGGUUGAAUGCGUGUAAGUUAAGCGAAAAGGUAUUUAAGACGGAGAUGAAUAGGUUGGGAAAGCUUAGGCAUCCAAACUUGGUUCCCUUGUUGGGCUAUUGUAUUGUUGAAGAUGAAAAGCUUCUGGUUUAUAAACACUUGUCUAAUGGGACUUUGCAUUCUGUUCUACAUGGAAAGACAAUUGCAUUGGAUUGGCCAACGAGGUUCAGAAUUUGUUUGGGUGCUGCGAGAGGUCUUGCUUGGCUCCAUCAUGGAGUGGAGCCUCCUCAUUUGCACCAAAACAUAAGCUCAAAUGUAAUUCUUCUUGAUGAAGAUUUGGAUGCUAGGAUAAUCGAUUUUGGACUAGCAAGACUUCUUUCUGCCUCGGAAACACAUCAUGAGAGUAGUUUUGUUAAUGGGGAUUUAGGAGAGUUUGGGUAUAUAGCACCGGAGUACUCAAGUACUAUGGUGGCAUCACUGAAAGGAGAUGUUUAUGCUUUCGGUGUAGUUCUUUUGGAAUUAGUAACGGGACAGAAACCUUUGGAAGUGAUUGCUGUAGAGGAAGUGUUCAAGGGCAACUUGGUGGAUUGGGUGAAUCAGCUGUCAAGCUCUGGAAGAACAAUUGAAGCCAUAGAUAAAGACAUACGUGGAAAAGGUCAUGACAAGGAUAUUCUUCAGGUCUUCACAAUUGCCUCGAAUUGUAUAGUUUCCCGACCCAAGGAUAGAUGUUCCAUGCUUCAGGUUUAUGAAUCACUAAACAGCAUGAUUGACGACCAUCCUUCCGAGCAAUUUGAUGACUUCCCAUUGAUUUUUGGUAGACAGGAUCUUGAUUAGUCACUAUGAUUUGAGGUUCUGUUCUGCUGGAAUAUCCUGAUAUGCAGAAUUUGGUAAAUGCACCUGUAUAAUGAAGUCGUCUUGAAGCUUUACUAUGUUACAAACGAGAAUAUAGCUACGCUCCACUUAUGGUGGAAAGCUACCUUUGGGCCUUUUGAUGGCUGUGAUAUGCCCUCUUGUAAUCUUGUUAGUGUUUGAGAUGCAUUAUUUGAAGCUCAUUGUAGCAUCUAAUGUCAUACAUCAUUGUAUCUUGUAAAUCUAAAGAUGGAUCACCUCUUCUUUCUUGAUCUUCAAAAAAUUUAGAAAAAAGUAUCCAAAUUCAUAUUAGCUUGUCAAUCUUAUCUACAAUAUAUUAUCUACAUAGCAUACUCCAGUUAUUAGUCUCAGAACCCUCAUGAAAAUAUUGGUCUUGUAAUGAUAAAAGAAUACUUUUAUGCCUGUUUAAAUCUCUUUAGUUUAAAAGUU